AAUAGGGCAUAACAUUGUCCCGACACCGUUUCAACAAUGGACGGCAGUGGAUCACGUAUGGAUGUAUAAGAGAAAAUGAAUUUGCAUUCCACAACAUAAAUCACAUAUUCAAAUAUAAGUAGCCCGUUUCAAAAUUAUAGUAACCUAGAUCUAUAUCUGAACUUGAUUUAAAGGAUGACGGGUAGACAUCGUUCAUAUUCGCAGCACAUCAUGCCAACUUGCCGCAGGGUGCCCAUCUGUCCGUCUAACGAACACUAAGAUAACAUGCUAGCAGUUCCACAACUUUAUCAGCAUAUUUUCAUUCGACGCCACCAUGAUCCUAAAAGAUGUCGCUCUGGGAAUUCACUCUAUGAGCUGUUGGGCUUAAGAAAGGGGGCAACCAAUGAGGAGAUCAAGAAAGCAUACAGAAAGUUGGCACUCAAAUAUCACCCAGACAAAAACAGAGACAGUGCUGAUGCUGCUGAAAAGUUCAAAGAAAUCAACAGAGCUAAUGUGAUACUCACUGACAGUACCAAGAGAGGUAUAUAUGACCGCUAUGGCUCAAUGGGAAUUUAUGCUGCUGAUCAGUUUGGGGAAGAAAAUGUUAACACAUAUUUGGUGCUCACUAGUGGUUGGUGCAAGGCCUUGGCCAUAUUCUGUGGUAUAAUAACUGGCUGCUACUGUUGUUUCUGUUGCUGCCUCUGCUGUAACUGCUGCUGCGGCAAGUGUCGGCCUCAAGUUCCAGAGGAGGACUACGCUAAUCUCCAUGUGAGUAGUGAAGAGGAGUUAUUGCGUGAAAAGGAGGAGAUGAGCAGCUCUCCUGAUGAGCCAGUCACGAGCCAGCCAAUCGCCUUGGGCACAGGCAAGGAAGAAGAGGAAGCAGAUGAACAGACCAAUUUGAGCAAUGCCAGCCAGCCAACAUACGGCACAGAGGACGUCAUCACAGUCUCUGCAGCAGGUGACACCAAUAUAAAUAUAGCAAGCAACAAAGAUCAUUAGGCUGUGGAGGGUUUGAGUAGAGGUCUGUGAUUGUAGCAUACAAAUUCAUUCCUCAUGAUGUAUUCAUAAUCUUAACAGAAGUUGUUAUUGGUAGUCUAAAUGUAGAACUUUUGUGUGCGUUAUGUAUCAGUUGGAACACUGAAAUAGGACAAAUGUUUCCACAGUAAGCUAUCAUUGUCAGUAAUGGAUAUUGUACAAUUUUUUCAUCAAAUUUACAAGAUAAUGUAAAAAAUGAAUUCAGUUAAGCACCUACUCUAAAUCUGAGAAAAGUUAUUCUCCAUGGAACUUAUUUCUAACAGUUUACAGUUGAAAAAGACAAAGAAAUCUCUGCCAUUCAAUAUCAUCAACUAAUUUGAGCAGUAAAAUUAAUUAGCUAGCUUCAGACCUAUGCUGAGCUUCAUUUUUUGAGAUGUUGUAAUGUGUGAUGCCAUAAUUGUAUUCAUGUAGUCCACUAAUGCCUACCUGCCAUUCUGUGAGGGACCACUUUGAAUAUUCUAAUAUCGUUAAUGUAACAUUUUGAUCUUUCUAUAAAAAAAAAACAAGUUUUUUUCACUUCUAUAGAAUGUAGACAGAGUGUUUUUUUUUUUCUUGAACUCAUUUAACUAACAAGUUAUUGUGUGCACUAAACUGAACACAGAUUACAGACACAGGGCAAAAUUAACUAUAAAUGGUUUCAGAUAGAGCUGGAGUCUUGAUAUGGAAGCACAUAUGGCUUAGUGGGCCCACCUUGAUCUAGAAUUAAAAUGGAAACCAAAUGGUAAAAUUUUGGUUUUAAAAAUACUUGAGACUAAAUGAUCUUAGCAGUAAUAUAAUUUAAAAUUCUGAUUCUGCUGCUUUCUGGAGAUUUUAAAUGUCAAAAGUGGCUUAGGGGCUUUCAAAAUGAAACAAGCCCAAUGAUUAUAAGAUAGAUUGUAAUAAAAGCCAGUUUUGAUGGAAAUUUGAGUUGAAUUUAAGAACAGAUUCCAUCACCGAACUGAUUUCAGCAAAAUGUGUUUUUUAGGCUGACUGCUAAACUUUGGCAUGAUAUUAGAAAUGGAACAUGUAUGAUAUCUUCCAGACAAUGUGCCAUGUGUAGUCUGUGUGCUAACGAAGUUUCAGUGUAUAAUAAUAAUUAUAAAUUAGUUUUUGAAUCAUCAUCAUGCAAGCUUAAAUUUGCUUAUAACAACCAUAUUACUUAUAAAUUGAAAUUUUAAUUAUUUAUUGCAAUUAUAACUUAACAUUUGGAUCUUUAUUUUUUUUUACUUCAGUCUUGCUCCUUCCAUUGUGUCCCCACUCUUGCCUCAGCAUUCUCUCUUCAUUUUUUAGCUCCCUUUAGAAUUAUAGUCUUUCACUGUCCAUUUAGCUCCCUUUAGAAUUAUAGUCUUUCACUGUCCAUUUAGCUCCCUUUUACCUUCAGACUUUUCAAACAUGUAUUUUGUAUUACUUAACUCACUUAAUAGCAUUGCACUGUAGUAGGACUAUGUAGGAAUGAGCAGAGAUGUUCUUUGUGUCUCUCAUAAAACAUUUAUAUGCAACGAUUUGUUCUCCUGUUUUUUUAUGAAAAUGUAGGUCCUUUUCUCUCACAUUGCCCAUGCCCAGUUUAUAUUACUAAAUUUGAAAAACUUGGUAAUUAAUAUGCUCAUAGGUGUGUGAACUAAUAGAAUCAAUGUUUAUGGAACCUCUUACACAUAGUUAAGAACUGCUGGAGUAGUGAACUUUCAAACAGUAAUUAUUGACUAUCCAGAAAUACGAACAUCUUGAACAUCUUUAGGUUUAAAGUGUCGACUUCUAGGAAUACCAAUUAUUUAGUGAAGGUCUAAAAUCAGUUUGUCUUUUUUUUUUUAAAUUAUUUAAACUCAUAUUUUAAAAACUUAGAUUUCUGUUUAAGCUAUGACCUUUUUUAAUAGGUCUUAAUACUUCAGAAUAGUUAUUAUAAUUGAUAGGGUUUGUUUUUUUUAAAGAAAUUUUCUCAAAAUUCCCUUUUUUUUUAACUUAGAGACUGAUUUUAGCAACCAGUGUUACAAGUAUUUAAAAAGUUAAAGUUAAAAUGUCAAAAUAUUACUUCUUCUCUGUAUUUGAUAUUUAUUUUGAAUUCCCUUAGAAACAUCUACAGCCCAUGUAUUUAACUUACGAUAGCUUCCUUGUCACGUGGUGUGCGCUCUGGAGUGUCAACACGAUGGCACUGAUUCUGAAUCCUGCCCCACUGCCAUCCCCAUCCUGCAAGACGUUCGGGCUUGGAUGUAACAAUCUUAAUUUCUGAAGGCACGUCUGACACUUAAAAAAGAAAAAAUUAACAGGCAUCAUUGAGUUGAUUAAUGUAAUGAUGAGUUCAUCUUUAUUUACUAUGAGAAAGAUAGCUUUUAGAUUUGAAUUAAAAUGCCACAUUUAGAUGUUGGGCAGGUUGCUUGUACAGUAUUUUUUCUUCUCCACCAAGAGGACUUUUCACCUACUUCAGUUAACAUACCCUCGGUGCGACAGACUGUAGAGUAUUAUGUAAUUCCAAAACUAAAGAAAUAAAUCUAUUAUGUACUGA